UCUGUGACUUGCCUAUUAUGUUAUUGGUCUGUGGUUCGACGCCAUUUUGCGUGUGUUAAAAAUUACAGUACGAUUUCUUGAGAUUUGCGAAACGCAUUUGACUAGAAAAAUUGGCGCAAUUUUGUUAUUAAUAUAAUGGGUGAGGAUAAAGAUCGCCGCCGCCGAUCGCGGUCAAGAGGGGAACGACGUCGUUCGCGUUCAAGAUCAAGAGAACGCCGAGAAAGAGAAAAGAAGAGGAGUAAAUCCAGAUCUCCAUCGAAGAGAUCCCGCCGACGCAAGCCUUCCCUGUACUGGGAUGUGCCGCCACCGGGUUUCGAACAUAUUACUCCGCUGCAAUAUAAAGCCAUGCAAGCGGCGGGACAGAUUCCGGCAAAUAUAGUUGCGGAUACGCCACAAGCCGCCGUGCCUGUCGUGGGUUCAACGAUCACUCGACAAGCGCGUCGAUUGUACGUGGGCAAUAUACCGUUCGGAGUUACAGAAGAGGAAACCAUGGAGUUCUUCAAUCAACAGAUGCAUCUUUCGGGCUUAGCCCAAGCUGCUGGCAACCCAGUGCUAGCGUGCCAGAUUAACUUGGACAAAAACUUUGCAUUCCUAGAGUUUAGAUCGAUCGAUGAAACCACUCAAGCGAUGGCAUUUGAUGGCAUCAAUUUUAAGGGCCAGAGCUUGAAAAUCCGACGUCCCCACGACUACCAGCCGAUGCCUGGGACAGAAAACCCAUCAAUUAAUGUCCCCGCUGGUGUUAUCAGUACUGUAGUUCCAGAUUCACCUCACAAAAUCUUUAUUGGAGGUCUUCCUAAUUAUCUCAAUGAGGAUCAAGUAAAGGAACUGCUGAUGUCAUUUGGCCAGCUGCGAGCCUUCAACUUGGUGAAAGAUUCCUCAACAGGCCUCAGCAAGGGCUAUGCCUUUGCUGAAUAUGUCGAUAUAUCGAUGACUGAUCAGGCUAUUGCGGGUUUGAAUGGUAUGCAGCUGGGAGACAAAAAGCUCAUUGUACAGCGUGCAAGCAUCGGAGCAAAGAACUCCACACUAGCAAUGACAGGCGCAGCACCCGUGACGCUGCAGGUGGCGGGGCUGACGCUGGCGGGCGCGGGCCCGGCCACGGAGGUGUUGUGCCUGCUCAACAUGGUGACGCCUGACGAGUUGCGCGACGAGGAGGAGUACGAGGACAUCCUCGAGGACAUCAAAGAGGAGUGUAACAAAUACGGUUGUGUGCGAAGUAUAGAAAUUCCACGGCCCAUCGAAGGUGUUGAAGUACCUGGAUGUGGAAAGGUGUUCGUAGAAUUCAACAGUAUCGCAGAUUGUCAGAAAGCGCAACAGACGCUCACGGGUAGAAAGUUCAGUAAUCGAGUCGUCGUCACUUCCUACUUCGACCCUGACAAGUAUCAUCGCAGAGAGUUCUAAACAAUCCCCCAUCAUCUACAAUAGUUCUACAAUAUUUUAAAUACCCAUUUAAUGCAGACCAUAAUAAAAAUAUCGAAAAAUGUGACAUGUUUUGUGAUUGAAAUAAAAUGUAUUGUAUACAGACACAUCUGUAUUAACAGAAUAACACAAUAAAGAUAAAUUUAUCUUGAAAUUUUA